AUGGCCGUAGCCACGCAGAAGCCUCUCCCAUUCACCAACUCUGGCCUUAAACGCGAGACGAGCUAUGUCUACACGCCGCCGAGCCACCGCCUACUCUUCAGAGGCUCGCUCUCGGUCCCCGACUCCCGACUCCUGCUGGAAGGUCUCACGUUUACGGUCCCGCUCAAGUCGAGCCCUGCCAAGUUGUUGGAGAACCCGUUAGCUUUGGCGUUGGAGAGUAUGCGUGGGAGGACGCUGGCGUUGUCUGGGAUCACGCGGUUGGACGCGGUGUACCUCGACAAGUCGACGGAGGUCAACUUGGAUAUACAUCCAGCUGCAUCCCUCACGCGUCUUUACUUCGAGAAUCAGCUGUGCACAGACCCCAUCACAUCUCGUGACAGAUGUACGGAUGUUGGCAUACGCAUUUCCACAGGAAUUGCAGGCAACGACGGCACAUCCGACAUCCUCGUCUACGGCAAACUCCCUGACGAACCACACCCUACAAACCCAACCUCAACACCCCAACCUCCAUCUCAACCUACGCUCAAACUACUCGUAGCCCGCAUCCUACCUGCACCACCCCCCAAACCCGUCCGCCUCCCGCGCCCAGACGAUCCUUCACCCCGCGUCCCACCCCUAGUCUCAUUCGGCAAGAAGCGCCCCGCCGCCGCCGACCCCGUCCACGACACUCCCUCUCACAAACGCCAGAAGAGCGCCCGCCCACUGACAAGGACCGAUUCGACCAGCGCGAUCGAGGAAGACCCGAUGUUAUCGAAAGCACGAGAGAUUAUGACGGGUCCUCCUGCGCUGGGCCGGUCGAAGACGAUGGUCGAGCGCUCAAAGUCGAAUGCGAGUUUAGGCUCGGGUUCGGCGUUGAGACGCUCCGUGUCAGUUGCGGAUGAGGAUGUGUUCAAGGUGCCGAGUGUGCCUGUACGCCGUGUCGCGGAGAAAGUCGAGAAAGCGGAGAAGGUCGAGAAGGUGCCGGAUAUAGCGAAGGAACUCGAGAAGGCAAAUAAAGCUACGAUCAAGCGCGCUACGAUUGAAUGUCUCGCGAGUCUUGGCCUUACGAAGGACAAUCCUGAGUUCAAGGAUCUCUUCAACUUCGUGUAUCGCGGCGCCGAGUUCGCUAUGAGAGCGCAGAUGAAGACACGGGCUGUGGACACGCGGUCUAUGGACAAGUUCAUACGGGCGCAUGCGGAUAUGUACGUGAAGGGCACGGUACCGCGCGCGAAGUAA